AUGGCGUCGAACACAUUUCUGGCUAACGUUCCGAAGUUGUUGGGCCGAGAAAAUUAUAGCGAAUGGGCGUUUGCAGCGGAGAAUUUGCUAGUGCUAGAAGGUAUGUCAAAUUGCAUAAAACAAGAUUCAGCAAAAGCAACCGCAGAAGAUGCAAAGGCAAAGGCAAAGUUAAUUUUGACCAUCAGUCCGUCACUAUAUGUACAUAUCAAAGAAGCAUCAAGUACGUAUGAUCUUUGGCAAAAAUUAAGAUCAAUGUUUGAUGAUUCAGGUUUUUCGCGUCGAAUAUCAUUAUUGCGCAAUUUAAUAUCAAUCCGCUUAGACAGUUGCGAAUCAAUGACGAUCUAUAUUACGCAAAUUAUAGAAACGGCGCAAAAAUUGUCUGGUACAGGAUUUAUAGUGAAUGACGAGUGGAUCGGAUGUUUAUUGUUGGCCGGUUUACCCGAAAAAUACUUACCUAUGAUAAUGGCGAUAGAACAUUCGGGAAUAGCCAUUACUGCUGACGUAGUUAAGUCAAAGUUAAUUGAUUUAGCAGGAAACGACACAGAGGGCGGCAGUGCGUUUUUAAGUAAACGUCAAAAGAAUUGCCAACAUUCAAGUCAUAGGAAUGACAGUACUUUUCAUCAUGGCGGCACGAAUGUUAAAACGGAGAAAAUGAAUAUUAAAUGUUAUCGAUGCAAACAGUUUGGGCAUUUUAAAUCGCAAUGCCAUAAAAAUAAUCCUAAUAGAUUGGAAACUAAAAAGACUAAUGCAUUCUCCGCAGUAUUUUUAAAUGGAUUAUACAGUAAACAUGAUUUUUAUUUGGACAGCGGCGCAAGCGUUCAUAUGACGGCAGAUGUGAGUUUGAUGACAAAAAAUGCAUGUUACACACCGAGAAUAAAGGAAAUAAUGGCUGCAGAUAAAAAUAAAAUGUCAGUGCUGUGUUCUGGUGAUGUAAAUAUCAUAACAGUAACUCCUAAUUGUAAAUACGAAGUGACUUUGAAAGACGUACUGUGUGUACCGAAUCUCACUACGAAUUUAAUUUCAGUAAGUCAACUUAUAAAAAAUGGAAAUAAAGUAGAAUUCAAAAAGAAUUGUUGCAAUGUAUAUAAUCAAAAAAAUGAAUUGGUGGCUGUAGCUAAUCAGAUAAAUGGUGUAUACAAAUUGAGUUAUGAAAAACCUCAAUGUUUGUUUACAUAUGUCAACAGUGAGAUAUGGCACAGGAGAAUGGGGCAUUUAAAUAUUAAUGAUUUAAACAAGAUGAAAAAUGGAGCAGUGACAGGCAUAUCAUUUAAAGACUGUGCAAGUUCGAAAAAUAAAAGCAAUUGUAAAGUAUGCUGUGAAGGUAAACAGUCCCGCUUACCAUUUGACAAUGUAGGAACUAGAAGUAACGAACCACUUAGCAUUAUACAUGCAGAUGCAGGCAUAGUGCAUCAAAAAACAAAUCCUUAUACUCCAGAGCAAAAUGGAUUAAGUGAGCGCACAAACAGAACCAUUGUUGAGAAAGCUCGAUGUUUAUUAUUUGAUGCCGGAUUAGAUAAAAAGUUUUGGGCAGAAGCCACUAACACGGCUGUUUAUCUAAAGAAUAGAUCUGUCGCAUCAGGACUUGAUAAUAAAACUCCAUAUGAGCUUUGGACAAACAAGAAACCGGAUUUAAGUCACGUUCGCAUGUUUGGAAGUGAAGUGAUGGUUCACGUUCCAAAGGAAAAGCGACUCAAGUGGGAUACAAAGUCAAAGAAGCACAUCCUAGUUGGUUUUUCAGAAAAUGUAAAAGGCUACCGUAUCUAUGAUCCUACGAAGAGAUCUGUUACAACUAGUAGAGAUGUGAUUAUUCAUGAAAAUUUAGAAAAUUGCUUAGAUAAUGUAAGUGCAACAGUUUCAGUUGGGGAAAACAAAUCAGAAGAGUCGGACAGUAUCAAUAUAAAAGGUGAAGGUGAAAUAAAAGUUGAGCCAAGUAGUGAUGAACUUAAUUUAUCUUCAGAUUUAGAAUAUAAUGAAGCCUUGACUGAUUUGGAUUGCAAGUUACAAAGGCAAGAAGCUGAUGAUGAGAGAAAAUCAAUACCAAAAAGUCCAGUAAUUACGAAAAGAAUAAAGAAACAGCCUGAGCGCUAUGGUUAUUCAAGUCUAUGUACAACUCAUAAUCCAGAAGUAAUCAGUGACCCUACCAGCGUCCAAGAAGCCAUGCAAAGCCAGGAUAGAGACAAGUGGGUAGAGGCGAUGAAGGAUGAAUUGCAAGCGUUUGAAGAAAAUGAUGCUUGGUCACGAGUUAGUGAAGUACCUAGUGAUAAGACAAUAGUGCAGUGCAAGUGGGUCUAUAAAAAGAAAGUCAAUAGUGAUAACAGUGUUCGGUAUAGAGCCCGUCUAGUGGCUAAGGGCUUCUCUCAGAGGCCCGGGAUAGAUUAUGAAGAGACUUUUUCACCAGUAGUAGGAUAUUCUACUCUAAGAUUAUUAUUUGCUUUGUCGGUACAGUUAAACUUAGAUAUCAUACAUUUAGAUGUAAAGACAGCUUUUCUAAAUGGUUAUCUUAAAGAGGAUAUUUAUAUGUAUCAACCAGUCAUUAAUUGUGAUGAUAACAAAGAAAAAGUAAUUGUUAAAUUAAAUAAAGCAAUUUAUGGGUUAAAGCAGUCCUCUAGAUCUUGGUAUGAGAGAGUAGAACAAUGUUUAUGUGAAUUAAAUUUUAAGAAAAGUCAUUUAGAACCUUGUGUAUUUACUAAAAUAGAUAAAGAUGUAAAGCAAUGUUUGGGCAUGAGAGUUAAAGUAAAUAAAGAAUCUAAUAUGAGUAUAACUUUAGAUCAACAACAAUAUAUAGAACAUUUAUUGAUUAAGUUUAAUAUGAUAGAUUGUAAAGAUGCAAGUACUCCAAUGGAUUCAAUACCAUCGAACCAGCACUAUGCACUCCGCACGGACGCCGCAGCUCCGACGACGGUGUUUUCGAUUACGUUAAUGCUCGCGCUACGCAAAGGGUUCGCUAUUUGUCAAGAUUUGUUUUGGAGUCGACUGACAAUAAUGGAGUCCGAAUCUGACCCCGGGGAUCGCACGUGGUCCGAGGGUCGCUCGUAA